AUGGACUCUACUCAGAUUGAUGAUUGUCAGUAUAUUGGAGGUGCCUUAGAUACGGAUGCAUUGAUUGAAGUGUAUAAAGGCACUCCUUUUCAGGGUGCAAUGGAAAAGUUAGCCUUAUCCAAUCCAAAGAUAAGAAAAGUAAGAAGAGAUGGAAAUUGUUUCUAUUCAGCCUUAGUCUUUCUAUUACUGGAAAGGUAUUUGGAAAGGCCUUCUUAUGCGGAAGAGUUAUUAGGGAGGUUGAGUCGAAUGAAUGAGUGGUUGCGUGAUGGGGGGUUGGAAGAAUCUUUGGUGGCUGAGUUUACUGAUCCGAUUUUUGCGGUGUUGAGGUCGGCUACGGCUGGGAAUCCUAGUCAGUUAGAGGCCUUGGAUAAUGUGUUUUGGGGGUAUACGUUGUUGUACUUUAGGAUGAUAACUUCGUCGUAUAUUAAAAGGAACUUGGGAGAGUUUAAUGGGUUCUUGGCGGAAGAGUCGUGGGAGACUUACUGUCGGGACCAGGUGGAAAUGCCUGGGAGUUAUGCGGGAGAGAUAGAGAUGACUGCUUUAGGGGCGGCUUUAGGUGUAUCUUUUGAUGUGAUUACUUUGCAGGGGGUGGAAGUACAUCGGUAUACCAAAGGAAAUGGCGAGAAAAUAGGAAGUCUCUUGUACAUGCCCGACCAUUUUGAUAUCAUAUACUAUGCAUCUUAA